CGCAACUUUGCGCGCUUUGGAACGGAGCGCGUUUCUAAAACCUGCGCGUCUUUAUUAUCAUAAUAAUCAGUGCAGGACGUUGUUUUGCACCAUGAUGUCCAUGAUGAAGCUGCUCUUGUCAGUAGUGGUGCUUUUGCUCACCCUGAAUGAAGUUUUUGCGGAGGAUCUGGGUCCGAGUGAAGAUCCGGAUUACUGGACUAACAGCUAUUCAGUACAGGACGACUGGCUUCAGGCGGAUCCCUUCAGAGAGAUUCUCAGACGGAUAACGAGAAAACCGCGACCGCAUCAGUUCAUCGGGCUGAUGGGAAAACGCUCGUCCGCAAACACACAGAUCACACGAAAACGGCAUAAAAUUAACUCCUUCGUGGGGCUGAUGGGCAAACGAAGCCAAGAGGAGCCGGAAGUGUACUGGAGCUCUCUACACAACUACGAGGCGAAACGUUGAGCACCGACCGUCUGAUUUACCAGAACUUCAUCAUCUUGUGCUUUUUUUAAUGUGGUUUUAAUGGUAAACUUCAAUAAAACGUUGUUUUCACCCUG